AUGAUGGGUGACGACGGACUCUGUGAACACCCCAAACCCAUGGAAUUUCUCGACAUCUGUUUGGGAGACCACAUGCAGCUCCACCCAGGAGCACACCUGAGGGAGACACGCGGCCGCCCUGACCCUCUCGAACCUUGCGGGGAGCAGACCUGGGCCUCUGAGCCUCCUGAUUCCACGAGGCAAGAUGUUCAUCCCAGGGGCUCCAGCCCAGAGCCCACGCACCCGGGGAGCGGCUCUUCCCAGGAGGGGGAAGGGCAGAAAGCAGUGUCCCCCGGGUCACCCCGGGACAGCCAUCCUCUGGGGAGCCCAAGGCAGAGCCAGAGCACGUCCACCCAGGUGGUGUUCUGGGCGGGCAUCCUGCAGGCCCAGAUGUGCGUCCUGGACCUGCAGGAGGAGCUAGAGAAGACGGAAGGGAUCAGAGCUGAGCUGAGAUGCUCCCUCCCCACGGUGUCUCCUGACCUCCCCGCUUUCCCCUCCAGCCCGGUGGGACCCCGGGGCUCAGGCCUCCACCCCGGCCCACCCGUGGACGUGCACAGGGCCUCGGGGGAAGAUAGCAGCGGGCCUGGAGGGGAGAACCGGAACCCGGCAUGGCCGAGGGAGGGCGCGCCAGACUCGUCCCCGGAGUGGGGUCCCGAGGAGGAGAGCAUAUUCUUCGACAACCCGCUCUUCCUGGAGAGCCCUUCCUCGGCCCCCAGUGAGUCUGAAGCGCGCUUUGCCUGGGGGUUCUCAGAUCCCUGCGCAGAUGUGAGGACCGGGCCCCAGAGCCCACAGACCCUGGAGCCCUCACCCCCAGGAGGCAGCGUGCCGUGGGAGCUGGGCAGGGAGCCGGAUCCGGGGGACAGCGCAAUGGAUUCCAGCGGGCACACCACACCGCCAUUUCCUGUGCCCACCUGCACGCUGCACUCCUCCUCCUGGGCUGUGGUGGGCACCACCGAGCGGGCUCCCGCAGCACCUCCCGGCCAGGAGGAGAGCGAGACCCCUCCGGGAGACAGUCUUGCCCCUGCCCCGUCUGCAGCAUCCUGUGUGGACAAAGCCUUGACCUGGGAAACGGAACGUGUGGCAUCUGAUGCCAGCCCUGCCACGUAUCCUGUGCAACCUUGGGCAACUCUGCCAAGUCCCGAGGGCUGGCAGACCAAGGAGGUUCCUUCCUGGCCCCAGGGGCCUCUUUGCCCCCAGGACACAGGUGAGAUCCAAUAUGGGUGUGCCCAGGAGUCUGCUCCCUGCACCAUGUCCCCUGGCCCCUGGGGGAGCCCAGCCUCUUCGCUGGAGUCGAGCAGCCCUGAGUCUGAGGCCAGAGGCCCCAGCCCCCGGCCCAGCCCCGUGUCCUCCCAGGAAGGCAGCCCGCAGCUCUGGAGCCACCACCCGGGCAGCGUUCUUCCCACGUGGAUGCUAGAUACGUCAAGCCCUUCAUCCCUGGAGACGGACGGCGCAGAGCCUAGCUCCCUGGAGAAGGAGAAGGCAGGAGAGGCCCCCAGCCCAGGGAGGGAAGGAAGGAGUGAAGGCCCGGCCAGGACGGCCGAGGCUGAAGCCAGCCAGCCUGACGUGCCCUUGACUUCUACAGAAGGUGGGAGUCUGAGGUCACUGAUGGACUUUCGCAGGCUUCCUGAGAGCCCCAUGCCCCAAGCACAGCCCCCAGAGGAAGGCCAAAGGCCACCAGCUGGAGGCAAGCUGGAGAAUGGCGUCAGGACCGACAAGGUGACCUGGAACUUGGCCUCCCGCCUCUAUCACCUGGAGGGCUUCCGGAAGUCCGAAGUGGCCGCUUACCUGCAGAAGAACAACGACUUCAGCAGGACGGUGGCUGAGAACUACCUGUCCUUCUUCCAGUUCAGAGGCCAGAGCCUGGACCGUGCGCUCCGGGGCUUCCUCCGCGCCCUGGUGCUCAGUGGGGAGACCCAGGAACGGGAGCGGAUCCUCUACCAGUUCUCCAAGCGCUUCUAUCACUGCAACCCUGGGCUCUUCUCCUCAGUAGACUGCGUGCACACCCUGACCUGUGCCAUCAUGCUGCUCAACUCAGACCUGCAUGGACAGAACAUCGGGAAGAGCAUGAGCUGCCAGGAAUUCAUCACCAACCUGCACGGCCUGCAGGACGGCGGGAACUUCCCCAAGGAGGUGCUCAAGGCCCUCUACUGGUCUAUCCGAAGUGAGAAGCUCGAGUGGGCCGUGGAUGAAGACGACGCAGCCAGGCCCGAGAAGGCCCAGCCGUCCUCCCUGGCUGGCAAGAUGAGCAACCCCUUCCUCCAGCUGGCCCAGGACCCCACGGUGCCCACCUACAAGCAGGGCAUCCUGGCUCGGAAGAUGCAUCAGGAUGCGGAUGGCAAGAAGACGCCGUGGGGCAAGCGCGGCUGGAAGAUGCUCCACACCGUCCUGCGAGGGAUGGUCCUCUAUUUCCUUAAGGGAGAGGACCACGGCCUCGACGGGGAGAGCUUGCUGGGGCAGACGGUGGACGAACCGGUAGGGGUGCACCACUCGCUGGCCACUCCCGCCACCCACUACACCAAGAAGCCGCACGUCUUCCAGCUGCGCACGGCCGACUGGCGCCUCUAUCUCUUCCAGGCACCCACUGCCCAGGAGAUGACUUCCUGGAUGGCGCGCAUCAACCUGGCCGCGGCCACGCACUCGGCGCCGCCCUUUCCCGCCGCGGUGGGCUCCCAGCGCAAAUUCGUCCGGCCCAUCCUGCCCGUGGGCCCCGCCCAGAGCUCCCUGGAGGAGCAGCAUCGAUCCCACGAGAGCUGCCUGGAUGCUGCCUCCGACGACCUGCUGGAUCUGCAGAGAAACUUACCGGAGCGGCGGGGCCGCAGCCGAGAGCUGGAGGACUACCGCUUGCGGAAGGAGUACCUGGAGUACGAGAAAACCCGUUACGAGACCUACCUGCAGCUUCUGGUGGCCCGUCUGCACUGCCCGUCGGAUGACCUGGACCUGUGGGAGGAACAGCUGGGGAAGGAGGCUGCAGACCCGCAGGAGUCCAAGCCCAGCCUGAAGAAGUCCCACUCCAGCCCGUCCCUGCACCUGGAUGAGGCCCCCACCACGGCCAAGGUCAAGCGCAACGUCUCAGAGCGCAGAACCUACCGGAAGAUCAUCCCCAAGCGGAACCGCAAUCAGCUGUGA